UGUCAACAUGGGGGUUCGGCUCUUAACUUUAUGGGUCGGAGUCUUUCUUACAGCUAUUGCGAACGUGGGAGGCACCGAGACUGGCCACGACUCGUGGAACGAUUGGAACGGGCAAGGAGAUGGCACCGGAACACACAAAUCGCAGGUCGCUCCCGCGAAGACUGGCUCCACGAGCUCUGACAGUGGACAUGCUUCAACCACUCGAUGCUGGAAUCUGCCAUCACCGGCCGUGAACGGCAGCGUCAGCAGUGCUUCUCAGUGCCGGACUUGUCAUCCUGUCCAGGAUACCUCAACGGGCGUAUCGUACUCCGGUCCCGCCAUAACAGGAACAGCGGAAUUGCCGUCUUAUCUCUCUGCCCUCCUCUUCCCGUCCGCCUCAGCAGUACCGGAGAGCCCAGACCGACAACGGGUCUCGCUGGGGAUCAAUGCCCUGCCACAGGGCAAGACUAACGGAAACUCUCUCCUCGGGACCCUCGGCGCACCAACAUAUCCAAAGUACCUGCCCGACUCGAGCCAGGCCGGCGGCUUGCCUUGGGGGAAUCGCUCUGCAUAUACCAACCCUUACACCUCCCCACCGUCGACUGGAGUGAUAAGGUCUUAUGAUUUCGUCAUAUCCAGAGGAACAAUAGCCCCAGACGGAUUGUAUCGUUCCGCUAUACUCGUCAAUGGUGCCUUCCCUGGUCCUACCAUCGAGGCGAAUUGGGGCGACACAAUUCAAGUUACAGUGACCAACAACAUCACCAACCCGGAAGAAGGAACGGCCUUGCACUGGCACGGCCUGUUGCAGACGGGAACACCUUACGAGGAUGGCGUUCCGGGAAUCACACAAUGCCCGAUCGCACCCGGGCAGACGUUUACGUAUUCCUUCAACGCCGACCUCUACGGAACAUCCUGGUAUCACGCGCAUUACAGUGCGCAAUACGCAGACGGAGUGUUCGGGGCGAUGAUUAUCCAUGGGCCUACGAAUGCGGACUACGACGAGGACCUAGGGCCGAUUAUCCUUACUGACUAUUAUCACGAACCCUAUUAUACAAUCGUGGAGGAAGUGAUGGGCACUGAUCUCACCAAAAUUGCGCCGGACUCAAUCAACAAUCUCAUCAACGGAAAGGGAAUCUUUAAUUGCUCGCUUGUCACCGACAAUUCCACCUGCGUCUCUAACGCAGGGUAUUCCAAGUUUCAAAUCACGUCAGGACAGUCCUACCGGCUUCGACUCAUCAAUGCCGGUGCCGAGGGAUUGCAACGAUUCAGUAUUGACAACCAUGUCCUCACGGUGAUCGCCUAUGACUUCGUCCCGAUCGUGCCCUACACCACCGACGUCGUUUCAUUGGGGAUCGGCCAACGCGCGGACGUCGUCCUUCAUGCCAACGGUACCGCAGACAGCAUGUACUGGAUGAGGUCCACGAUCAGCACGGCAUGCUCGUUGCCGGACCAACCUUACGGCUUGGCCAUGGUGUACUAUCAAGACGCCAAUACCACGGCUACCCCAACGUCGUCGGGAUGGACCGUGAACGAUACCCUCUGUGGCAACGACCCUCUGAGCGAGACUGUCCCUUAUGCCUCGAUUACCCCACCGGCGGCCAACAGCACGGUGGACAUUGCUCUCAGCUUCGAGGUCAACAGCACCGGCAAUUUUCUGUGGACGAUGGAUGGCUCCAGCUUCCGCACUGACUACAACUCCCCUCUGCUCAUGCUGGCCAAUGGUGGCAACGACUCAUACCCCUACAACCCGGAGUGGAACGUCUACGACUUCGGCAGCAACGGUAGUUUCGUCAUUGUGCUCAACAACGAAACUCCCCUGAUGCACCCGAUGCACAUCCACGGGCACAACAUGUUCGUCCUGAGCGAAGGCACGGGCAGCUGGGAUGGGACCGUCGUCAAUCCUUCCAACCCCGCCCGGCGGGACGUCCAAAUGGUGCAGCCCGACGGAUACAUGGCCAUUCAAAUCGUCGCCGAUAACCCGGGCGUGUGGCCGUUUCACUGCCAUAUCGCCUGGCACGUCAGCGGCGGACUGUACGUCAACAUUCUGGAACAACCGAGCCUCAUCGCCUCGUCCAUCACGAUCCCAUCGAGCGUCGGCGAAUUGUGUACGUCGUGGAAUGCCUACACCAGUGGAGGCCCCAUUGACCAGAUCGACUCUGGACUGCGAAAACGGAGAAUCCUGGGAGCGAGAAAAAGUUUCUAGGCGCAGGGCGAAGGGCGCUGGAGUGACUAGACGAG